UCACCCCGGGCGGGGGGGGCUCUCGGGAAGAGGAAGCGGAGGGCCGGAGGGAGCGGACGCGCGGUGGGAGUGAGGCGGGAGCGUGUGCACGCGGGACGCCUUCCCUGCGCCUUACUCCUGGUCCGAUCCGUGGAACCCGGGGAGAGGACUCCGGUGCCCGCUGUCACCUGGAAGCCACUUUUUCCUGCCUUCUUUCCCCCCUGAUCCGGGUAGCGGGUAGGAACUGAGAAAUCGGAGUUGGCUGCAGCCGAGGGUAGGCAGAGAGCGAACAGUUAAGUCGCUGCCGUCCCUUGGGUGCCAGCAGCUCUAACUUGAUUUGAUGCUCCCCGUAGCCCUGCGAAGAGGCAUCAUUACCCCCCCGUUUUACUGAUGAGGGUGCCCACACCGGGAUGAGAAAUGACUCGCCCUGGGGCAAGCCACUGGAAAGGAGACGCCAGUGGGGGACUCGGAAGCCCCCACGCUUCUCCCUCUUCUCCUGCUCCCUCUCUGUCCAUCGCGCGCGGAUCUAGGAAACUCGCGCUGCUGGGUCUGUUAGGGAAACAGCGCUUUCUUUCGAUGCAGAACGAGCCCCAGGCACCCCAGCAGGCCGCACGCUUCUCUUUCGCGGUGGAUGAGGUCGCCUGCAGAUCCAGGCUGGGCCUUAUGGGCUGCCCAGGCGGAGCGGGACUUCCCGGUCAUCGUCAUCCUCCGCUCCCCCAGCUCAGCCUGGCCGGAGUUCGGCUUCCCCAGGCCCUGUCCACCGCCCACCUGCUGAGGAGCAGCAGAGUGCUGUGUCACUCAGGAGUUGGGGACCCCUGACGCAACCCAACCGCCCUCGUGCGCUGUGCAGAAAGAUUUUUUAAAAAGCCUCGUGGGGCAUAGCACCAUCGCUAAAUGCCUGGUACAUUUAAGAAGCCCGACUGCGGGAGAGGCCCUCUACAAACGCUGUUACCUGGAAUCUGAGAACUAACGCCAUUCUCCAUUUCAAGAUGCCUUUGCUGUUUUGACAGAUGCAAACUGACCCCUCUCGAGGCCACGACAGAAGGGGAAUCAUGACCGUUUGAAGCCUGGAAGACUGCCCUCAAUUAAGGAAAAUCCUCGAUCAUUGUCUGAAAUGCUGAGAAAGUUGUUGCGAAGGAGACUUUUCUCUUAUCCCACUAAGUACUGCUUCUUGCUUCUUGUGUUUUCCCUAGUCACCUUCUCUGUUUUAAGAAUUCAUCAAAAGCCCGAAUUUGUAAGUGUUGGGCAUUUGGAGCUGGUUGGGGAGAAUCCUAAUAGUAAUAUCAAUUGUACCAAAAUUUUACAGGGGGAUGUAGAUGAAAUCCAAAAGGUACAGCUUGAAAUUCUAACGGUGAAAUUUAGGCAGCGCCCUCGGUGGACAACCGGCGACUAUAUAAACAUGACCAGAGAUUGCAAUUCUUUCGUCAAGAGGCGCAAAUAUAUCGUAGAGCCCCUUAGUAAAGAAGAGGCGGAGUUUCCCAUUGCGUAUUCUAUAGUGGUUCAUCACAAAAUCGAAAUGCUUGACAGGCUCCUGAGGGCCAUCUAUAUGCCUCAGAAUCUCUACUGCAUUCACGUGGACAGAAAAUCCGAGGAUUCCUUUUUGGCCGCGGUGAUGGGCAUCGCCUCCUGCUUCAGUAACGUCUUCGUGGCCAGUCAGCUGGAGAGCGUGGUGUAUGCCUCUUGGAGUCGGGUGCAGGCCGACCUCAACUGCAUGCAAGACCUCUACAGGAUGAGUGCGGACUGGAGGUACUUGAUAAAUCUUUGCGGCAUGGAUUUCCCUAUUAAAACCAACCUGGAGAUUGUCCGGAAGCUCAAAUCGUUAAUGGGUGAAAACAACCUAGAGUCCGAGAGAAUGCCAUCCAAUAAAAAAGAAAGGUGGAAAAAGCAUUAUACAGUUGUUAAUGGAAAGCUGACCAACACAGGGACGGACAAAAUGCACCCUCCUCUUGAAACGCCCCUGUUCUCAGGCAGUGCCUAUUUUGUGGUCAGUAGGAAGUAUGUGGGCUAUGUGCUAGAGAAUGAAAAGAUCCAGAAGUUUAUGGAGUGGGCCAAAGACACCUACAGUCCGGAUGAGUAUCUCUGGGCCACUAUCCAGAGGAUCCCCGAAGUCCCAGGCUCACUGUCCCUAAGCCAGAAGUAUGACAUGUCUGACAUGCACGCGAUCGCGAGGUUCGUCAAGUGGCAGUACUUUGAAGGUGACGUCUCCAAGGGGGCCCCCUACCCGCCCUGCAGCGGGGUCCACGUGCGUUCUGUGUGUGUCUUCGGAGCAGGUGACUUGAACUGGAUGCUACGCAAGCACCACUUGUUUGCCAACAAGUUUGACACGGACAUUGACCUCUUUGCCAUCCAGUGUUUGGAUGAGCAUCUGCGGCAUAAAGCCCUGGAGACGCUGAAACGCUGAAUCUUCAUCAUAGGCAACUUGAGAAGUAAAACCCAUGCGUGAGACGAGACGCACCCCAUCUGAUUCUUCUGCCUUGUUCAUACACGUCGGAGAAACUCUAGGGGGCGCCCUUGGGGGUGGGGACUCCCAACUGUGCGUAUCCUCCAAGCUCUGUGGUUUCUCCGGAGCACAGCGGGCUAGAAAGGUUAUAGCAUCACAUGUUGACCUAGCGUUAGCAUGGGGCCAGGACGGGCGCUGAGUGGCCCGGGUGGCUGGGGAAGAGGCGGUGCGAAAAACAGCCUGUUAAAAGAGCUCAGGGACUUAACAAAAGGAUUUCGUCUGUGCCAAAAUUACUUUGAGAGCUUUAAAUACGACAGUUUUCUUGAUCUGAAUAAAUUUGUAGCAACAACCAA